AUGUCAUUUGAAAAUAACUUAAAAAAAGGAAAAAAAAAAAAGAAAAUAUCAUUCAGGGAUGAAGAGAUUGAUGGGGAUCUUAUUGGAAUUGCCAGUUUAUUCGAGGUCUCAGGGGAGGAUGAUGACGCUGGCCAUUCUGACGAAAACGAUGAUGUCGCUGAUGAAGUAGAGGACAAGGAAGAAGAUGCAGAAGAAGACGAUGAAGUAGACGAUGAAGAUGAUGGGGACGAAGACGAUGAAGGUGAUGAGGACGAAGACGAUGAAGAUGAUGAGGACGAAGACGAUGAAGGUGAUGAGGACGAAGACGAUGAAGAUGAUGAGGACAAAGACGAUGAAGAUGAUGAGGACGAAGACGAUGAAGAAGAAGAAGAAGAUGAUAAUGCUGAGGAAGCAGACGACAAUGUAGAGGAAGAAGAAUAUACCCCCUGGAGAGAAGCCAACAGUAUGGAAGUAAGGGAGGAAAUCCGUAUGAGGCACGCAGAAAAAUAUAGACAAAUGGGAGAAAGUGAAAAACAUAACACGGUCAUAGGAAAGAAGAAGAAAAGUGAAGAGGAAAAUAAAAAUAAUACAAAUGACGAUAUGUAUAAGGAUAGGAGUAAUAGUAGCUCUUACACCACCGACAGUAGCAGGUGCUUCCUUAGCAAGGAUUUCAUAAAAAAUGUAGGCCUGAUGUACAAUGUUAUUGAUAGUAAAAUAACAUUCGAAAGUGAUUCUAGCUUUGAGAAGAUAUCGAACAUAAUCGAAUUACGUGUUAGACAAAUAAUUGAAGAAGCAAAUAAAUUUUAUGAGAAAAGAAAAAGAUUUUCCAUAAACAAAUACAUGAGCCUUAAUGACAUUACGAACUCAUGCCAUUAUUUAAAUGUAACAAUUCCAUAUAAAUACAGAACUAUCCUACGAGAUAAUUUUAAUUCAUUAAAUGAAAGUUUUAAAAAUAACAAAGUUAUGUAUAAACUAGUAUCAAAGAAAGAUUUUAAAAAUGUUCAUAAUAAAAUAAAGAAAAAUAAAAAAAUAAAAAAAGCAUAUUUGCAGAAAUAUAAGAAAAAGAAAAGACACAAUUUUUUCAGCUUAAGUGCAACGGAGAUAUUCAAAGAGUUUCAAAAUCAAGAAAAUCAAAAAAGAAAUUGUUAUAGAGAAUUCAUGGAUAGGAAAAAAAAAAAAAAGAAAAAAAAAAAAAGUCUCAACAGGGGUCGAAAUGAGUAUCAAAAUGGAGAUAUUAUGUUUAAGGUAAAGAAGAAGAUUAAAGGUGAAUGUAAGUACAAAGUUUAUGAUGAAAGGAAAAAAACAAAAAUUGUCAAAAGGGAUGAUAAAAUCAUUUCAAAUUAUGAAUGUAACGAGAAGAAACAUAAAGAAGGAGAAGAAACUUUGAGCAUCGAGUUAGAUGAUGACUUGCCCUGUAGGCAAAAAUCAAGUGAAGAGUACCAUCAGCAGCUUGAAAAUGUUGCAAAGGUAUCACAGAAUAUCUUCGAUGGUCCCUUAAAUAAAGGAAACUAUGAUAUUGAUGUUUUCACAGAAAAGGAAGAAAUCAAUUUUUGUGAAAAUGAGGAAAUGGAAAAGAAAUCUCCCAACGGAGGAGAAGCUGAGAAUUACACAAAUCAAUUUGUUUUAAAUUUGAGCAACGGACAACCUAUUCCAGAAAAUGUGCUGGAUCAACAAAAAUCUCAGUUGCUUGUGAAUUAUGAAAGUGAUAUAAAUGGUAGUGGCCAUAAUACAGAUCAUGAUUAUGAGGAUCAUGUUGGCCGUAACCAUGACGAUGACCACGAUGAAAGUGUGAAUGAUCUGAUUAGUGAAAUUGCACGAAGCGUCGAAAGGGAAAUGGCAGAUGUUAAGGUUCCAGAGGAAAUGAACAGAGAAAAACUGCACGAGGGAGGGGAGAAGCACGAGGGAGAGGAGAAGCACGAGGGAGAGGAGAAGCACGAGGGAGAGGAGAAGCACGAGGGAGGGGAGAAGCACGAGGGAGAGGAGAAGCACGAGGGAGGGGAGAAGCACGAGGGAGAGGAGAAGCACGAGGGAGAGGAGAAGCACGAGGGAGAGGAGAAGCACGAGGGAGGGGAGAAGCACGAGGGAGUAGAAAAGCUCGAGGGAGUGGAAAAGGACGAGGGAGUAGAAAAGCGCGAGGGAGUAGAAAAGGAUGAGGGAGAAAAGCUUCUCGAUGAGCCAGAUAGUAGAAACCCAACCAUUCAGAAAAGGGAAGAGGAAGAUGCCAUCAAUUACAAACAUGAGAGAAUAGACAAAGAAGAGGAAGAGAUGACAUUUAUGAGAAAUGAGGAUGAAAAUAAUCUAUUACAGCACAAUUUGUACAUGCAGAAAAGUGAAAAAAAGAAAAAAAAUAUUUUAACUUUUCUGUUAAGUGAUAUGCAAAAUAAGCUCCCAUUGGAGACAAAUUUGACAAUUUUUUGGUUAUUUAUACAAAAUCGAUAUAAUAAAAAGAAAAAAAAAAAGAAAAAAAUAGGACAAGGAGAUGGUUGUGUUGAGGAGGAUUAUUAUUACCCAUACGAUGAUGGGGAUAAUAAUCAAAAAGGAAAAGGUGCAUCUAUAAAUUUCGAUUACCAGUGCCACGAGAUUUUGUAUAGAAUAGACAAGAGGAGGGGGAUGAAGGGCUUCCAUUACUACUAUCGUUUGGGUAAAGGAGGAGAAACAGAUCAUAGGAGGAUCCAUUACAAUAAUCACAAUCACAAUACGUAUGAACAGCACGAGAGUCAGUACAACAUUGUGGAAAACCCUCAAUUUGAUAACAUAUUUCUGCUUCCCAAAUUUUACCCAAUUAAUAAAGAAUACGCGAUAUUGUCAAAAUAUUUAUUAGAAAUAAUAAAAGACAUAAUUAACUACCGAGUAAAUUUUUUUGAUUACAAUAAUAUAUUACACAUCUUCACAACUUCUAAAGAAAUUAAUAAAGUUUUACCAAAUAUAUUUUUUUUUCUUUUUAACGAAUUAGAACAUAAUUUAGCAUUCAAUAAUAUGUAUGCAUCACUAAUGUUGUUAAUAUUAUUAGAUGGGAUAAUUCGAAAUAAAAAUAUUGAUAUAGAUUUUUAUUGUUUGCAAAUAUUAAAAAUGUUAAUUCAUGUUAUUAUAUAUGAACAUGAAUUAAAGUUAAAAAAUAUUUAUCUCAUCUUAUUAUUAAAAAGAAAAGCAUGUAAUAUUAUUACUGAUUUUUGUUCAAUUUUGAGAAAAAAAAAUAAUAAUGAAAUUAUUAAUAUAGAUUAUUAUUUAAUAUACAUUUUGAGUAAAUUAUUAACUCAUAACAAAUGUACAUAUAUUCAUAUAUAUGUAUCGUAUUAUUUGAUGUAUUUAAUGCCUAUAAAUAUUCACAUCAAAUUCUUUUUAGCAUAUACCCCGAACUUUUUGCAUAUAUUCUUUAGAAAAUAUUUUUACCAUCAGAAUAUGUAUUACAGAGCCAAUUCGAGAUUGUCGUCACUAUCAUGCGAACAAGCUGAAUUAAACGAACUAUUUUUAUUUUUUUUCUUUCACAUUUAUACACUUAUACAAGGAUCGCUGUAUAUAAUUUUUAAAAAUAUGAAUAACCUGCUUACAUUAAAUAAUCCCACUACUUGCAAUUAUUUAAAUUAUUUGAUGACUUUUAUAAUUCAGUAUGCGGAUUAUCACUUGCCCCUUAUCAUGUCUAUAAUGACCGUGUUAGGAAAAGGUUCCAUUUUAGAUCCUAAAAGAAUCGGCACAAGCAAGAAACGUUUCAAGCGUACAUGUCAUUCCAGAUGUGUAGAUAGACGAAGAGGAGCAUUGUGCAAAAUGGUAUCUCAAGGUAUAACAUCGAAAAAAAUGGAAUAUGAGAAAAGAUACAAGAAAGGCUACUACAGUAGUAACACACACUGGAGAACCAAAAAAAAAAGAAUAAAAAAACACAGAGGUAAAAAAGAAAGGAGAAGGAAAUUAAAAAAGGAAAUAAUCCUUGAUGUUAGUACAGUUCGAGCAUACGAACUUCAGCAUAAUGUUCAUAAAUUAAGGAAAAAGAAAAAUUACUUGAAAAAUGUCAAAAAGAUAUAUAAUUAUUAUGUUAGACAGAACCAAAAUAACAAGGAUGAUGAUAUAUAUAUGGAUAACUACAAUAACAACGGUGAAGAUCUAAUUUCAACUGCAGAUAUGAACAUUAUUGGAGGUGAUAAAAAGGCAUUCUUGACAGAAUAUGUUAAGAAAAGAAUAUCAUUAAACAAGAUACUGUUGCAGAAAAUGAUGCACAUGAAUCAGUUGCACGCAAACAUUGCUGUAAAUAAAAUUCUGUGCAAAAUUUUAAAUAAAUUUGAAAAAAAGAGUGCAAAGUCAUCAGCCCGCCGACAUAGUAACGACGAUGCCUUGCUUCUGUACAAUAAUUGCUACUACUUAUUGUAUAACCUCUGA